AUGUUGCCUCAAAACAAGAACCAGGUGCUGCUACAGAACUCAGUGCCCCCUGGACGCCCCCCUCAGGGCCCCUCACAACUUGUGGACUCCCAUCCCCCCAACCUCCAGCCUCUGCCUCCCCAGAAAUCACUCACUCCCUCCCACCAACCUUGCUCUCUUCCCUCACAGUCCCACUCUCCUGGCUCCCAUUUCUAUUCUUCUGACUCAAAUUCUGACUUUGUCCUACAUCCCUGCUCUUCCUUUCUCCCAAGUUCCCCAACUUUCUUUCAUCAGAAUUACCUCUCUCUCUCUCUCCCACAUUCUUCCUCUCCCUCCCAUCAGCUAUACCCUUCACCUCCUCCUACUCACUCCUCCUCUCCCUCUCAGCCACAGAACUCCUCUCUCCCCUACUCACACUGCCAGUCUCCCUUCCGCCCCGAAGACAUACCUAGCUCCACGAUCACUUCCCCAAGCCCCAGCCUACCUUCUCCUGGGGUCCGCUCUAACAGGCAGACAUGGCACUGGCAUCAGUACCAGGACACCAGGUCCCCUGGGGUGGUGGGGGGAUGCGUGGCAAGCGAGAGGGACCCUGCAGAGUUCAGGGACCCAGGAGCCCUGGCCCAGGCCCUGGUGGUCCAUCUGGGGCACCGCCGCAUCGCACACGACCUGCGGCUACUGCUUUUGCAGCGCCUGUGGCUAGGCACAACCGGCGAGCCUCCAGUCGUGGAGUAUCCGAUAUGUCUGGUGUGUCUCCGGCCCCGCAGCCCCUCUUGCCCCAUCCCCAGGUACAAGACUGGACCCCGGCUGCUUGCCUUCCCCCAACUACUGCCCUAUGCACAGGGCCAGGAAUCUGGACCACUCCGCAUAGGCAUCGGCUUUGGCCUCCGCCUGCCUCGUGGCCAGGCCAGGGCUUUGCACCUGUUGCCAGAAAAAAAGCCGGAGGAAGUAGGCCCUCAGGGCAAGGCCCCUCAGGCCCGUGGGUAUCAAACCCGGGCACCUCAGGCCCCAGCAGCGGCUCAGGCCCCAGCAAAUUCAGCCUUAGGCACACCCUCCCAGACCAGGAGCCUCAGGUCUGCAGGCCCUCAGCCACCAAACUCCACGCGAUGUUCAGGGCCUCCACUUCAGGCACCAAAACAGGCCACUGUCUCCCUGAAGCCCAAUCCUUCCUCUGCUCCAAAGAAGCCUGCCUCUCCAGAGCCUAUUCUCCGAAAGUCGCCACCCUAG